GGUCGAGGCAACUGACAAAAGUGUUGAGGAGUUUCUGCAGAAUGCUAGUCAGAAAAGGAAUUGUUGUACUUGCUGUUGGUUCAGAUAUAAGCUUGCUAAGGAAGCUGUUGUGAAUCGGGAAGCUGUGGAGGAGCUAAGGAGGGAAGGAGUGUUCGAUACAGUAGCAGAGGCGUUGCCGCGAGGUGUAGCAGAUGAGAGACCUCUGGGGCACACCGUAGGAUUGGAUUCACGUCUUGCACAAGUGAAUGAAUGGAUUGAAGAUGAUAAUGUGAAGAUCAUCGGGAUAUAUGGCAUGGGGGGUGUGGGGAAGACAACGCUUUUGAAAAAGGUUAACAAUACAUUUCUAAGUACGAAUCAUGGAUUCGAUAAAGUGAUUUGGGUUGUAGUGUCUAAAACAUUCACCAUUGGAAAAGUUCAGGAUAAGAUUUGUGAACAACUUAAUAUUCCUGACGACAAGUGGAAGGAUAAGGACGCGGAGGAAAAGGCGGUGCAGAUCUUAAGGAUUCUUCGUACGAAGAAAUUUGUGCUCAUGUUAGACGAUGUAUGGUCGUGGCUGGAUCUUGUUAGAGUUGGUGUUCCGGAUUUGGAUGGCGAAAGAAUGUUCAAAAUUGUUAUCACGACGCGAUAUGAACAUGUUUGUGAUUCCAUGAGACAGGACAGGAAGAUCAAUGUAAGUUGUUUGGAGAAAAAGGAAGCGAUGGAACUUUUCAUGCAGCAAGUUGGACCAGAAAUUAUAGAUUCUCAUCCAAGUAUUCGUGAAAGUGCUGAAACUGUUGUGAAAGAAUGUGAUGGCUUACCACUUGCCUUAAUCACUGUGGGACGAGCCAUGGCUGGGAAAAAAGAUCCCCGUGAUUGGGACAUGGCAGUUAAGAAACUACGUAGAGAUCCAUCCAAGAUCAUGGGCGUGGAAGAUCAUGUUUAUCAUGUUUUAAAGUUUAGCUACGACAGUUUACCCAGCGACACAAUUAGAUUGUGCUUCUCUUAUUGCUGCAUAUUCCCGGAGGACUUUGAAAUCGAUAUCGAGGAUCUCUUAGACCUCUGGAUUGCAGAAGGUUUUUUAGAAGAUUACAAUGAUCUGCAUGAAGCCCGUGAUCAAGGUCGAGAUAUAAUUAGAGACCUUAAAGCUGCAAGCCUUUUGGAGGGUGGAAGGUCUCUGGAGUUUGUCAAAAUGCACGAUGUUAUCCGCGACAUGGCUUUAUGGAUUUCCAAUGGACUCGACAAAAAUAGAAAGAGGUAUUUGGUUCUGGAUCACAUAGAUCUGGUCGAAGAGUGUGCUGAAAAGAUGAUGGAAGCUGAAAGAGUUUCAUUGUGGGGUGAAACCAUAGUAGAUGUCAAAAGAGUUCAACCAUGGAAGAAUACUUUGACUUUCAUGAUGAGGAACACCAGAGUAGAAAUGCUCCCUUCUGGAUUGGUGCAGUGUAUGCUUAUGCUCAAAGUGUUAGACUUGUCGGGGAACUUCGAUCUAGUAAAGUUGCCCUCGAGCAUCGGUGAACUGGUGCAACUUGAGUUUCUUAACUUGUCCUUCACCACCAUCAAGGAAUUGCCCAUUGAGCUCAAGAACUCGACAAAAAUGAAGCACUUGCUUCUGGAUCAUACAGUUGCACUAGAAGUGAUUCCACGGCAGGUCAUAUCAAACUUCCCUUUGUUGCGUACAUUUAGAUUGUUCGGUGCUCAAAGAUAUGAUUCAUGGGAUGUGGAUGCAAAAGAUAACAUACUGAGUGGAGGUAGGGUAGAGUUGUUAGAAUUAUUGGAGGGCUUGCAGCACAUUAGCACCAUAUCUCUCACACUAUUCGACAAGAAGUCUAUGGAAAAGCUUAACAACUCACCGAAGCUACUGAGUUGCUUAAGGAGGCUUUCUGUUGGAGAGUUGAUUUCAGUAGAGUCUCUAUGUUUUCCAGCAGAGAGAAUGCGGCAUCUUGAGGUGCUAAUUAUGAAUCGCUGUGAGGUGCAUGAGGUUAUAAUAAUUGAUUCUAAACAGCAUCAAUACAAGGAUGAGGAUAGAUAUGGUGUCGUCGGCAUUUAUGAUCACUCCAUACCAUCAUCACAAUCACAAGCAGCUCCAUGUUUCCAUAACCUCAAUAUCAUAUACAUAUAUUAUUGCCCCAAGUUGUUGGACUUGUCGUGGCUUGUCUAUGCUCCAAUGCUCCAAUCUCUUGUGGUGGAGGAUUGCACAUCCAUGGUUGAAAUUGUUAGUGCAGAUAACUGUGUUGGACUGCAAAAGGUUUAAACGAUUGCCGCUUGAUUGGACAAGUGGACGAGGAGGCUGUCUGAAGAAGAUCAAAGGAGAGAGAGAGUGGUGGGAUGCACUGCAAUGGGAGGAUCCAAUGCUCGAAC